GUGAAAGCGCAAUCCGAAGUUCGGCCUCCACUUGAUUGUGUAUCUUCUAUCAAAAAGGGGUUGAGUUGAUGGAGCUGGUCCGACCAAACGCCAAUUAGCUAGGCUAUCGCCAUCAUCAACCAAAUCUCGUCAGGUACGACCCGCUGAUCGUUCCGUUAUUGGGCGCGUUUUGAGAUCCACUGGAGGGAUUGGCGUAAUGCAAACCACAAUAACGCGAUGGGGUCAAUUUUUUUUUUCGUUUUUCUUGCUGUCGUGAAGGAUGAACCUCGGGGAUUUUAAAAAGCCAACAAUUUCCCAGGCGGGGUCUCUCGAGAGUCAGAGUGUCUGAACAAAUUUUCCCCAUUGUUCCUCAAAAAUGAUGUCCCUGCAGACUUUGGUCACUUCGCUGCUGCUCGCUGGAAGCACCUUCAGCGCAGGGGUUGCGGCGAAGACGACCUCCCACCAUGGCGAGAAGAUUGCUCCCAAGGUGUUCAUUGUCUCGAUGUUCGAGCCCGAAGCUCAGGCUUGGUGGAACAUCCCCGAGUUCGACCUGCUGUCCCACAACAUUACCAUCCCCGGUCUUUCUCCUCUCUACCCGGAUGUUUACUGCACUGAGGACUACGAGGUCUGUCAAUUGAUCACCGGCGAGGCUGAGAUCAAUGCUGCCACUACCGUCACUACCGUUGCUUUCUCUCCCCUCUUCGACCUGACCAAGACCUACUUCUUCGUGGCUGGUAUUGCCGGUAUCAACCCCAAGCGAGCCACCACCGGCUCUGCAACCUUUGCUCGGUACGCAGUCCAGGUUGCUUUGCAGUAUGAGAUCGACAUUCGCGAGCUCUCUAGCAGCUACUCGACUGGCUACAUUCCCCUGGGUGCCGACUAUCCCGACCAGUACCCCACCAGCAUCUACGGCACCGAGGUCUUCGAGGUCAAUGCUGACCUCCGCACAAUCGCUGCUAACUUCGCCCGCCGAGCCAACCUGUCAGACUCGACCACUGCUCAGGCGUACCGUGCCCACUAUGCCAAUGGCAGCGAAGAAUACAAGGCGGCCACCCUCGGCCCGAGCGUUGUCGAGUGUGAUGUUGCGACCUCGGAUGUCUACUAUAGCGGUAACAUCCUGGGAGUCGCCUUCGAGAACACGACCAAGCUGUUCACCAACGGAACUGGUGAUUACUGCUCCACUGCGCAGGAGGACAACGCCACCCUGGAAGUUCUCCUCCGGGCCGCUGUCCACAAGUUGGUCGAUUUCUCUCGCAUCAUUGUCAUGCGCACUGCCUCCGACUUUGACCGUCCCUACCCCGGAACUUCGGCCACUUACAACUUGCUCUACUCUAACCAAGGUGGCUUCGAGCCCGCGUUGGAGAACAUCUACCACGCCGGCAUUGAGGUGGUCCAAGGUAUCCUCCAGGGCUGGGAGAAGACUUUCAAGAAGGGCGUCAAGGCCACCAACUACAUUGGUGAUAUCUUCGGUACUCUGGGUGGCGAGCCUGACUUUGGCCCUGGAACUACCCAGGCUCUGGUUGAGAGCGGUGCUUACAAGAAGCGCAGCUUGGAGGGCCGUCUGCGCCGCCGUGGCUAAGCGUUCACAUUUUUUUGGUGGAUUGGUGAUCACUUCAUCGAUGUAUAUACAAUAUCUACCAGAUCUAAGUGGGGGCCCAAAGUAUAUAAAAUGUAUCAAAUGAAAUCAAGAACAAUUAUCAUGUG